AUGAAUUUCAAGAGAUAUACUACACUUGCUCUCUGGCUAGCAACCAUCACUUCUGCUGCCGCUAUCAGCACGCCCAUUCGAGAUUUAUCUCAAGAAACGAUCACCGAAUCCCAAUGCGACUGGCCAAACUUCCAAGAAGAUGAUGAUCUCAAUGGUGCCAUGGUUCUCUACAAAGGUCACAAGCUUGCCGAGUGGAGAAACCCAAACGGGCAGAACAAUGACUGGUUUGGCCAAAACUACGUCGACGGAACAACCCAACAUGCUCAGUAUUCUGUCACCAAAACAUGGGUCUCGGUAUUGGUUGGUAUGUUGUACCGUGACGGUUUCAUGGACUGGGAAACUGAACACCCCGACAAGAUCACUCUUGGUGAGAUCUUUCCGGAUAAGGUCUGGGAAGAUAUCUGGGACGUUCCAUUCUUAAUCAGUGGAGGAUCAAAGGUUCCCGAGCUCAAGGCCAUCACUCUUGGACAGCUCAUGUCCAUGAGGACCGGAUACGCUGAAAACGGAAUCAGCUCUCCCUUCGAUAGUACCUUGGUCCGCGACUUGGAUCGCCUCGUCGCUUGGUGGCACCCAUUCUACCGCACCGGAAAGAUCGAGUCCCAAACAUGCUUCGAAUGUGGUGACUACUUGUCGUCUUCUGGUAUUGUCAAUUACAUCAUCAAGGAGAAGACCAAGACCGAUGCCAACCCAAGAGGAUGGGACCCCCUUGACUAUGCCCGUCAAACCUCCGAAUCAUUGCCAGAUGGCAACGUCGGACUCUUCGAGGCCCUUGGUAUGGAAGAAGGAUCCUACACCUGGGAUCGUGAUCGUGAUGACGUAGCUCGCGGUGCAUUCGGUCUUUGGGCUGAUCUCGAGGACAUGGCCAAGUUCGGUCAGCUAUUGUUGCAAGGAGGAACCGUCAUGUUCGAUGGCGUCGUCCGCGAGAUCAUUCCAUCCUACUACUUCGAAGAGAUGACCAAGACCCAAUCUCGAAUGAUCGGUAUGGACCUUCCCUAUGGCUGGCAAGUGUGGAACUGGGGCGAAGAUGACGAUGGUGAUAGCGGCUUCUGUGCUGAAGGUCUCGGAUGGCAAUCCAUCUGUGUAUUCCCCAAGCACGAUACUGUUGUCGCCAUCCAGGCUCCAGUGUCAUUUGGCGUAGAAACCUUUGCUGCGAAUCUCGAAUUCCGCAAUGAUGCCAUCAAGGCUAUUCGUGAUGGAAUUGUGUGUGGGCCAACAGCUGCACCAAAUACACCAGGAGGAUCGUCCCCAACAAGCCCUCCUGUGUCAUCGACCACUGCGCCUUCCGCUGGAGACAACUUGGUUGGGGACACAAUCGAGGACCGGACCCAAAAUCACAUCGAUGGUGAUGACUUUAACAACGGGGGGGGUUCCCAGGCUGAAGACAUCAAUAAUGAGAACGGGUCCAAUUUGCAUUUCGGAAAAGUUAUGAAAAACACUGGGGUACCAAUUGGCCUUCUCGUGUCGCUGGUUCUCGCAUCAAUUACUCUAUGCUUGUUGCUUGCACUCUUCUGCUAUGCCAAGCGAAGCGGAAAAACGACCCAACUGCCAAGAACGAUGGAAGCAAUGUGCAAAAUAGCUCCAGUGGUACCAGUAGGAUACGAUGACGAGUUUAACAAGGUGUAUGAUGUAGCUUUGGAUGACGAAGAAAGUGUCGAAACCGAAGAGAGUGAUGGGAUUAUAUACUUCGUCGAAGAAGAUAUUGAGCAAAAGUCGACAUCUCAUUGA